AUGGCGGAACGCCUGGCGCCCUCAGAGCGCCACCGCUUUGUGCACGGCGGCCGCACAAUAUAUGAAUGGGACCAGUCGCUGGCGGAGGUCAACAUGUACGUGGAAGUCCCGCCUGGCGUGCGCGCUCGGGACAUGUUCUGCGAGAUUGCGCAACGACACAUUAAGUUCGGCCUCAAGGGCAACCCGCCGUUUUUGGAUCUCGACCUCACAGGGCCGGUCAAGGUGUCAGAGAGCAUGUGGACGCUGGAGGACGGCGAGCUGCACAUCACCCUGACCAAGCUCGAGCAGGGCGACCCCUGGCCAAGCGCGAUCAAGGGCCACGAGGUUGACAUCAUGACUCAGCAGGCAGAGCAGCAGCGGCUCAUGCUGGAGCGCUUCCAGCGGGAGCACCCUGGAUUUGACUUCUCCCAAGCCAAAUUCAAUGGCGAGGCCCCCAAUCCCCGCACCUUCCUCGGCGGCAUGGGUGCUACGGGGUAG